UGCAUCACCUCAGUCAGCAUGGGAUUUGGUGAGUAAGGACUUUCCACAGUACAGCUUAAGGAUCACCUCACGCUUGAGACGUUUUGAGAACCUCGUGGCCGUGACCUUAUAGAGAUCAGAGCAAAUUUUUAGACGGUGGUGAAACUUAGCCAUCCUCCUGCUUUAACCUUUGUGCCUCCUGCAGGCUGCCCUGCGUGAGUGUGUGCGGGUCUGCAUAUGUUCACACAUUUGGGAAUCCAGACACAGCUGUUUUCUCUCUUUGGAGGCAAAAGGAAGUGUAAGGAAAGAGUGUGUGUGUAUGUUUGUGUGUGUGUGUGUGUGUGUGUGUGUGUGUGUGUCUGGGUUCACAGGGAGAGAGUGUUCUGACUUUCUGAACUUUGAGUGUUUUGUACACAUUCUGACUCUCUGCGUUUGACGGCGUGCCAUGGAAAGCCUGGAGUUCGAAAAGAAGGAAAAGCGGUACUUUAUCCGAGGCAAGCAUGCUGCUAUCAUCUGCGCCGUUGUCAUCGUGACAGGUGUUGCUGUGGGGCUCGGAGUUGGUUUGAGCCAGAAGACCUCCUCAUCCGAAGAGGAACCCAAACCAACACCAUUACCCACAGCACCAUUACCUACAGUGCCGACAGAUGACCGGGGUCCCUGCAAACCAUCCGACAACACAAAUGGUGGGUGGAACAACUUCCGCUUACCUGACUACAUGGUACCCUUCCAUUAUGACCUGCACCUGGAGCCUGACCUCGACACAGACAUCUACACCGGGAGCGUGUCCAUCCAUCUGACCCUGACACAGCCCAGUCAGCACCUGUGGCUCCACAUUCGAGAUACUUUUGUCACCGAGGUGCCCUCUCUGCAGCGCAGCGGCCCAUCCGGCUUGACCUCUGUCCAGGUGAAGGAAUGCUUUGAGUACAAGCCGCAGGAGUAUGUGGUGGUGGAGGCGGUCGAGCAGCUGAGUGUCACUGGCCCAGACGAGCACUACAUCCUCACUCUACACUUCCAGGGCUGGCUCAACGGCUCUCUGGUUGGUUUCUACAGGACCACAUAUCAGGAGAAUGCAGUUACCAAGAAAAUCGCUGCAACAGACCAUGAACCCACUGACGCUCGUAAAUCUUUCCCCUGUUUUGAUGAGCCCAACAAAAAGGCCACCUACACAAUCUCCAUCACCCAUGGCAGUGCUUAUGAAGCGCUGUCCAACAUGCCUGUGGAGAACAUAGAAAAAGUUUCAGACCAAAAGACAAAAACAUCCUUUAAGAAAUCAGUAAAGAUGAGUACCUAUCUGGUAUGUUUUGCGGUUCACCAGUUCCACUUUGUGGAGCGGACCUCGAAUAGAAAUAUACCAUUACGGAUCUAUGCUCAGCCUUUGCAGAUCUCAACCGCUGAAUAUGCUGCAAAUGUCACCAAGAUUAUAUUUGAUUACUUUGAGGAGUAUUUUGACAUGGAAUAUUCUAUAGAGAAACUUGAUAAGAUAGCAAUCCCAGACUUUGGGACAGGAGCGAUGGAGAACUGGGGCUUGAUCACUUACAGAGAAACCAACCUGCUGUUCGAUGAGAACGAGUCCUCCUCAAUCAACAAACAGCGAGUGGCCAGUGUCAUUGCGCAUGAGCUUGUUCACCAGUGGUUUGGAAAUAUUGUGACUAUGGACUGGUGGGACGACCUGUGGUUGAACGAGGGCUUUGCCAGCUUUUUUGAGUAUGUGGGAGUGGAAGAAGCCGAGCCCGACUGGGGAAUGCGUGACAUCAUGCUAAUCAAUGAUGUAUUUCCUGUCAUGGUUGAUGAUGCUCUUCUCUCGUCCCAUCCUAUUAUCGUGGAUGUAUCCAGCCCUGCUGAGAUCACAUCUGUGUUUGAUGCAAUCUCAUAUAACAAGGGCGCUUCUAUUUUACGAAUGCUGGAGGACUUGCUUGGCCGUGACACAUUUAGGGAUGGAUGUCGACGAUAUCUAAAAAACUACCAAUUCCAGAAUGCAAAGACUGCAGACUUUUGGAAGGCCUUGGCUGAUGAGAGUGGGGUACCUGUGGCAGAUAUCAUGGACACAUGGACCAAACAGAUGGGAUAUCCUGUGCUGAGUCUGACCAACACAGACACUGAAGCUAAACUCACCCAGACCAGGUUUCUCCUGGACCCCAAUGCUGACCACAGCCAGCCCAGCACUCCCCUGGGCUACAAAUGGACCAUUCCUGUUAAAUGGAGCACACUUGACUCCAAAAAUGCCUCUUUCCUGUUUGACAAGGGAGAAACAGAGGUAGUAAUUGCUGGAUACUCCCCUGCUAGCGAUGGUCUCAUCAAAGUCAACAAAGACCACAUGGGCUUUUACCGAGUAAACCACCAUGACAAUUUGUGGAGCGCUAUUGCCGAGCAACUCUCUGUAAAUCAUCAGGUGUACAAUGCAACUGACCGAAGCAGCUACAUUGAUGAUGUUUUUGCCUUUGGACGGGCAGAUAUUGUGGAUUAUGGACAUGCCUUCAACCUAACAAGAUAUCUGGCCAAUGAAACGGAGUAUAUUGUGUGGGAUAAAGUAUCUUCUUCCAUCUCCUAUGUGAGAGACAUGUUGGCUGAUGAUAGAGUGCUGUACCGUAAAUUCCAGAAACUCUUCGGUGAUCAUGUGCAGAAGAUUUCCAAAGAGCUUGGGUGGAAAGAUGAAGGGACGCAAACACAGCAGCUGCUGAGAGAGACAGUUUUGGGCAUUGCAUGUCAGAUGGGUGACCAGGAAGCUCUCGACCAAGCCUAUGACAUUUUCAAUAAAUGGAUCGAUGGAACAAUUAGCAGUGUGGAUGUCAAUUUACGGUUGCUGGUGUACCGAUACGGGAUGAAGAAGUCAGGAUCAGUGCAGAGCUGGGAAAAUAUGUUCGGCAAGUAUAUCUCUGCCACUCUUGCCCAGGAGAAAGACAAGCUGCUCUACGGCCUGGCUUCAGUAGAAGAUAUCACUCUCCUUCAUAGGUUACUUGAAGCUGCUAAAAAUGAAAGCAUUGUGAGGAGUCAAGAUGUUUUUACUUUAGUGCAGUAUGUAUCUCGAAACCCACUUGGCAAAACCAUGGCCUGGGACUGGGUCACACUCAACUGGGAUUACCUAGUGAACAGAUACACCAUUAAUGACAGAAACUUGGGCCGCCUCCCCUCCAGAAUUACUAGCACAUACAACACUGAUGUGCAGCUGUGGAAGAUGGAGCACUUUUUUGCACUUCACCCGAAUGCAGGAGCAGGUGAGAUGCCCAGAAAGCAGGCAAUAGAGACUGUGAAGAACAACAUUGAAUGGAUGAAUCGGAACCUGGAUGAGAUCCGAGUCUGGCUGGAAAACAAUGUGGAGCUGGAGAACUAGUGCUGUAAUGAGCCAGCAUUGGAACAAUUUUACCACCCCCACUAAAUUUGUCAAUGAAUUGCUCAGGGCAGCUUGAAAAAAAAAAUUCUAGUUAAGAGCCACAAUUGAAAACAUUCUUAUUGCAGAAUAGUCUUGAAUUCCGAUGGCAUGACAGUUAAAUGAACAUAUAUUCUCUUUGGAACUAGGCAUAACAAAUUUUUAGCGAUUGUACAUUCUGUAUUUAAUGUGUUCAUUAAUCAUUAUGUUAAUUCUUUUUUAAAAUGUGAAAUAAAUGUCUUAAAGGAUGCA